AUGACGACUGCCACAUCCCCAAUCUUGUUGAAAUGGGACCCAAAGAGUCUUGAAAUCCGCACGCUGACUGUGGAGCGACUUCUGGAGCCCCUUGUUACACAGGUGACUACUUUGGUAAACACAAGCAACAAAGGACCAUCCAGUAAGAAAAAGGGUCGCUCCAAGAAAGCUCACGUCCUGGCAGUCUCAGUUGAACAGGCUACUCAGAACUUUUUGGAGAAGGGAGAGCAGAUUGCCAAAGACAGCCAGGAUCUCAAGGAGGAGCUCAUUGCAGCUGUCGAUGAUGUCCGGAAGCAAGGAGAGACCAUGCGCAUUGCCUCCUCAGAAUUUGCCGAUGACCCCUGCUCCUCUGUAAAACGUGGCACCAUGGUGAGGGCUGCCCGGGCCCUGCUGUCGGCCGUCACACGCCUGCUCAUCCUCGCCGACAUGGCUGACGUUAUGAGGCUGCUGGCCCACCUUAAAAUUGUGGAGGAGGCGCUGGAGGGAGUUAAGAAUGCAACCAACGAACAAGACUUGGCAAAUCGCUUCAAAGAAUUUGGGAAAGAGAUGGUCAAGCUUAACUAUGUUGCAGCACGGAGACAGCAGGAACUGAAGGACCCUCAGUGUCGAGAUGAAAUGGCUGCUGCCCGUGGGGCUUUGAAAAAGAACGCCACUAUGCUGUACACUGCCUCACAGGCCUUCCUGCGGCAUCCAGAUGUGGCUGCAACCCGUGCCAACCGGGACUAUGUAUUCAAGCAAGUCCAGGAGGCUAUCGGAGGCAUCUCCAGUGCCGCUCAAGCCACCUCGCCUACUGACGAGAAGCACAGCCAUGCUUGCAUCGGAGAACUGGCUGCUGCCCUCAAUGAGUUUGAUAACAAAAUUAUUCUGGACCCUUUGACAUUCAGCGAGGCUCGUUUUAGGCCUUCUCUGGAGGAGCGAUUGGAGAGCAUUAUCAGUGGUGCCGCCUUAAUGGCAGACUCUUCGUGCACACGUGACGACAGACGUGAACGCAUCGUGGCUGAGUGCAAUGCUGUUCGACAGGCUCUCCAAGACUUGCUGAGCGAGUACAUGAACAAUACUGGCAGAAAAGAGAAAGGGGAUCCACUUAACUCGGCUAUUGAUAAAAUGACCAAGAAGACCAGAGACUUACGUCGGCAGCUAAGAAAGGCAGUGAUGGACCACAUCUCAGACUCAUUCCUGGAGACCAAUGUCCCUCUGUUGGUGCUCAUUGAAGCGGCCAAGAGUGGAAAUGAGAAGGAGGUCAAGGAGUAUGCCCAGGUGUUCCGUGAACAUGCCAACAAGCUUGUGGAGGUGGCCAACUUGGCUUGCUCCAUCUCUAAUAAUGAAGAGGGUGUCAAGCUGGUUCGAAUGGCUGCAACCCAAAUUGACAGCCUUUGUCCACAGGUUAUCAAUGCUGCCCUGACUUUGGCCGCUAGACCUCAGAGUAAAGUGGCCCAGGAUAAUAUGGAUGUUUUCAAGGAUCAGUGGGAGAAACAAGUGCGCAUCUUGACUGAAGCCGUGGAUGACAUCACUUCUGUGGAUGACUUCCUGUCUGUAUCAGAAAACCACAUCCUCGAGGAUGUAAACAAAUGUGUCAUAGCACUUCAAGAGGGGGACGUUGACACUCUGGAUCGAACUGCAGGAGCAAUAAGGGGCAGAGCUGCUCGGGUUGUGCACAUUAUUAAUGCAGAGAUGGAGAAUUAUGAACCAGGUGUCUACACAGAGCGCGUGCUGGAGUCCAUCAAGCUGCUGUCUGAAACCGUCAUGCCUCGUUUUGCUGAACAAGUCGAGGUAGCAAUUGAAGCGCUGAGUACAAACCCACCACAGGCCUUUGAAGAGAACGAAUUCAUUGAUGCAUCCCGUUUGGUCUACGAUGGUGUCCGGGACAUCAGGAAAGCCGUCCUCAUGAUAAGGACACCAGAGGAGCUUGAAGAUGACUCAGACUUUGAACAAGAGGACUAUGAUACUCGCAGUAGGACCAGUGUUCAGACUGAAGAUGAUCAGCUUAUCGCUGGACAGAGUGCCCGAGCCAUCAUGGCACAGCUUCCCCAAGAGGAGAAGGCCAAGAUUGCAGAGCAGGUGGAGAGCUUCAGACAGGAAAAGUGCAAGCUCGACGCAGAGGUGGCCAAAUGGGAUGACAACGGCAACGAUAUUAUUGUCCUUGCCAAGCAGAUGUGUAUGAUCAUGAUGGAAAUGACAGACUUCACCAGGGGGAAAGGCCCUCUCAAGAACUCCUCGGAUGUGAUCAACGCAGCCAAGAAGAUUGCAGAGGCAGGAUCCAGGAUGGACAAAUUGGCUCGUGCUGUUGCUGAUCAGUGUCCCGACUCGGCCUGCAAACAAGAUCUUCUGGCCUACCUGCAGAGAAUCGCACUAUACUGUCAUCAACUCAAUAUCUGCAGCAAAGUGAAAGCUGAAGUGCAGAACCUGGGCGGAGAGCUUAUUGUGUCUGGGUACAUUUAUCAAGGUUUUAUUGGCAGUGAACUGGAUAGCGCCACCUCUCUCAUCCAGGCCGCCAAAAACCUCAUGAACGCCGUGGUGCUGACGGUCAAAGCCUCGUACGUGGCCUCCACCAAGUAUCAGAAGGUGUACGGGACCGCCGCCGUCAACUCGCCCGUGGUGUCCUGGCGCAUGAAGGCUCCAGAGAAGAAGCCACUGGUAAAAAGGGAAAAGCCAGAGGAGUGCCAGACUCGGGUGCGACGAGGCUCUCAGAAGAAACACAUCUCCCCAGUCCAGGCCCUCAGUGAAUUCAAAGCCAUGGACUCCUUCUAA